CAACAACAACAACAACAACAAAGAAAUGAUGAUAUUGGUAAUGUUGAUAUUGAUAAAGUUGGCCAACAUUUAAUAGUAACAGAAUGUUGGAUUGAACCACAAAAUGGUAAUGCAGAAAAUAAUCAAUUAAUAUCAUCAUCCAAUUGUCAGCAACAAGAUGAUGAUAAUAAUAAUCAACAACACAAUUCUCAUCUUACCUAUGGUCGAAUAUCAUCAUCGUUUUAUGAACGAGAUUUUGAAUUGGUAUCCGUAUUACUUACUUAUGAAUAUCUGGUAUCGUGUGAUCGAAAUUCAAUAAUCGGCCGUCAGCAGCAGCAACAACAACAACAGUUACAUAAAAAUGAUCAACAGAUACAGUCCACACAACAACAGCCAUCGAAUGGUUCGUCAUAUGGCCAAUAUCAACAGCAACAACGUUUCAAGCAUAUUCCUUUUAAAUUUAAUCUGUUGAGCAUACUGGACAAAAGUCAACUUGCAUUGAUCAAAUUUCGUACAUUAUAUCAAUGGUUUAAUAUAUCUUCUAAUGAUGAUGAUGGUGGUGAUCAUGCGAUCACGGGAAAAACAUUAGAUCAAAAUAAUUGUACGAAUAUAAUGCUAUAUUCAGAAUUUAUUUACAAAAUUUCACGAUUAUAUGAUGAAAUUGAUUUCAAUCAUGAAGAAGCAAUCAGUUUGAUUAGGAAAACCAAUGAUAGAUUGUCACGAAAACAAUAUAAACGGCGACAUUGUUCAAACGAUGAUGAUGUUGAUGGUGAUUGUGAUGGUAAUCAUGAGCCAUUGUUUAGCCAUAUGGAUCUAUUACAAGAAGAUCCAUCGAUCAUAUUUCGAUGUUUUUGCAAACGAAUAUCAGCCGAUUGUAUUAUAUUGACAAUAUUACCAUCAUCAUAUAAAGUUGUUAGACGAUUAUCAUUCAUUAAUCAACAAGAAGAAAAAAUUAAUAGAAAAUUAAUUCAUGAAAUAAAUGACCAACAUGAUGGCCAACGUUAUGCAUCAUUAAUCAUACCGAUUAUUGUACAUAAGAUUACAUUCCAAUCGUUGACAAAAAUAUUGUUAAAUAAUUAUGAUCCAAUCGAAUAUGAUCAUUGUCCUAAUUGGAAUGUUUUAUUCGAUUUUUCCAAUGAUUAUGUGGAAUCAAAUACAUCACCGAAAACUAUUGAUCCAUCAAGCCAACAACAAUAUAAUUUUCAUAAUAAUAAUCGUCGCCAUCCAUCCACGCAUGAUCAUCAUCAACAACAUCCACAAACAAUGGAAGAAAUAGCAUUGGAAUUAUUUGCUCAAUCAAUUGAAACAUUAUUUCGUAAUAGUUUUACGGAUGCAAUUUAUAAAUCAUUACGUUAUGAAUUCAAUUCAGAUGAUCGUGAUAUCAAACUUGUAUUGGAAAAAAUUUGCUAUAAAACAUUUGAUUAUGUUGAAAUAACAGAUUUUCUCAUCUAUACAUGUCAACAUAUGAAACCGAUAAUCAAUAGUUAUUUUGAACGUUUUCCAACAAACACUAUAUUCGAUUUACUUGCCUAUGUGGCCCGUAUGGUCGAUACAACAACAACGGAUCAGGAUCAAACAGAUGUGGAUUCAAAUAGCCGUCAAUCGAAUAUUCUUUCAUUACGAUUAUCAACGAAUGAUCGACAAAAUGAUUCAUCAUCACAUAGUUGUGGUGAUCAUAAUGAAAUAUUGAAACAAAAUUUUGUCAAUCUAAUACAAUCUCAAUUUACACCCAUUCAUACGCCAUCAAAUAGCUAUUAUUUUUAUGAUUAUGAAAAUAUUCAAACAAAAAAAUUUACAUUAGACACUGAAAUGAUGUUGAAAAUGCAAAAAGAUGCUAAGAAGAAAAAGGAAAUUCUUGUGGAUUUUUUCUCACGAAUCGAUGAUGGCCGUAUUGAUCUGGCAGAAUUCUAUGAAAAAGUACAAAAUUCAUCAAAAUUUUUUGAUCAAGAUUUUAUACUCGUACCAACAUCGGGAACUUUUGCUUCGAAUCCUAUGAUCAUAGCACAAUCGAUUGAAGAUGAUGUGGACAUUGAUAUCGAUGAUAACGAUAUUGUUGAUGAUAAAAUUAACGAAGAAAAUGAUUAUAAUGAUGAUGAUUAUGAUCCAUUCAAUAAGGAUCCAAGUUUAUUUCAAUCUUUAUUUUUGACACGUCCAUUUUUUAUUGGAUUUUUCUAUUCAAUUACAUUGAAAAAUGAUCAACAAGUACGAAAAAUAUCAUCGAUACCUACCUGUUUGAUGGAUAUUAUAUCACCAACUAGUAGACAAAAUUGUAUUGAAUUGGAAACUUUUCGUGUAUUAUUGAACAUUGAAAUCAUUACACAGGCUUUGGAACCGGAAGAAAUAUCCUCAAAUUGUUCAGUCAUUUCUGGUGGUGGAACAAUAGGUGUUAAUGAUGGACAAAUAAUGGCCGAUAAUAUGGAAACGAUUCCAUGGAGUAAACUAUUGGAUGCAUUUCAAUUGUAUAAAUAUUCUGAAUUUUUCCAUCAAAUCAAAUGGAUGAUUCGUGAUGAAAUUGUAUCGAUAUCACAUAAUCUGUUUCAGGUAUGUCCACAAACAUUGGAAAUGGUUGUCGAACACAUCAAACAAACGGGAAAAUCAAAUACAUCAUUCUUUGAAAGAGUGGAAUUAAAAUUCGUAUUUCCUUUGGAUGAAGAUCCAAAUUUUCUUGCUGAAUUCCGCGAUGAAUUGGGUCAAUUACGAUUUUCCAAUUUUCGUCUUUGUGAAUUGGGUCGUUAUUUUUAUGUUAUACAUGAUGCUUUUAGUGAACAAUGUUCAAGCCAACCAACCACGGAUACAAUGAUCUGUACCACUUGGAAUAAUAGCAACAUUGAAGAUGAUCAACAAAAACGGCUCAUAUUCAAUGAAGAAUUGUUCGAUCCGCCUAAAGAAUCAUUGGUAGCUGUUUAUACGAUAGAAGAAUCGUUAUCGAAUUUUUCACCAAAUUUUUGGCUCAUUUUGGCUCUAGAACUUGAUGAACAAAGCCGACAAAACUAUGCUGCGCUCUAUUUUCAUUCACGACAGAACAUCUUUUUAUAUGGUUCGGAAAUUUUCAAACAAUUGAAAAAAUGUUUGGAAUUUUUAUGUAAAAAAUUUAAUCAAAAAUUUUUACUUGCACGUUUAUUUGAAACAAGAUUCUGUGAUGAUCUACUCAUAUCGAAAGAAGAUGCCGAUCCAUAUAGUAAGAAUUGUGUACGUAGUGCAUUGAAUUCCACACCUAUAGCACAUUCAAUGGAAGGUAGCAUUAAUUAUGAUUUGGAUUAUGAAUAUGAUAAAGUAUCGUUGAAAAUUUUACGUACAAAUUAUCAAUCCGGUUCUUUUAGCUGUGAUGUUGUAUGGCAUAAACAUUUACCAUUACAUCGACGUUUACAUUCAAUCGGAUUGAAUACUAUACGAUCGGUAUUGGAUUCAUUUGAAAUAUCCAAUCGUAUUAAUCUAUAUGUUUAUCGUGAAAAAUCUGAUGCCGUUUUCUAUGUUCGUUUAUAUGAAAUUGAAUGUAAUCGUGAUUCAUUCAGCGAUAAUUUUGAAUAUAAUUUCUCAUCAAUGGAUGAUGAUGAUAUAGAUUACGAAAUGAAUGAUUAUCAUUAUGAUAAUGUUAUUGUGCCGAUUCCAAUUAAUUCUACUACAAUGACUGUUACCUCUAAUAUUGCUAAUGCUGCUGCUGUUACACAAUCGAAUGAAGAUGGUGAAAGUAAUCGUUAUGAAUCAGAUAAUGAUUCAGUGAAUUCAUUGAAUGUUAAUCGAUUAACGAUUAAUGUUCCACAACAAUGCAUACUAAUGAAUGUACAUGGAAUUACUGAACCAAGCCGUGAAAUAAAAAUAGAUAUGGUUGCUGCAUUGCAAAGAAAAUUAGAUGAAGCCAUUCUCGAUAGUCUUAUAGUAAUGUUGGGCCGUAAUCCUCUUUCAAAACUUACCUUACAAGAUGUUUGUUUUAUUCAAGGACGUAAUUCACAGAUGAAAAAUUUUCAUUUCAUCAUCAAUGAAUCCUAUUAUCCAUAUAUAACGAAUCUAAAAGGCUAUAUUCGCCAAAAUCUGUCGACAUUUCUUUAUAAUCCAAAAUAUGCUGAACGUAAUGUUAAUUAUCAUUUUAAAUUGUUUAAAAAUCAACAUUUUCAUUGUGUUAAUGAUGAAGAUGUAUUCCUUUUCCAUUGUCAAGAAGAAUCAGGAAAAGAUACUAAAGGUAUUGCUUGUAUAAUAUUUUCCAUUGUAUCACGUGAUCGCCUUUCAGAUUCAUUACCAUCAACAUUUACUGUUACAUCGAUGGAUAUCAAUGAUUUUGUUGGCUGUUAUUUUGAUUAUAUUGUUACCGUUUAUAAUCCAUGUUCAAAAGAAAAUUUGAAUGUUAAAUUUUUUAUCAAUUUUCAAAUUUGGUAUGCUGGUAAAAUUGAUAUAAAUUUUUUAAGUCAAAAAUUACGUACCGUUAUUGCACAUUCACUUUGGGAAUUUAAUUUAGAAUUUAAAGUUUUCAAAUUAUGUCAAUACGAUGAUCAACAACAACAACAGCAACAGCAUCCAUUACAAUCACCUAUGAAUCCAUUUGGUGGUACUUCUAUAUCUGAACCAUCGACACCGAAAAAAAUUGAUGGACAACAACAAUCACAGCAGCCACCAUCAUCAGCUGGUAGUUCAGAAAAACGUGAAAGACGUUCAGGAUUAUCGAAUCUAUCGUUGAAACCACCGUUGCUUCAAAUCGGUAAUAAUGAUCAGGAUAAUGAAAAAUAUUUUCAUUCCAAUUAUAAUAAAUUUGGUCAUUCAUCAUCAUCGACAAUCAUUGAAACGAUUGAUUAUCAAGAAAAUAAUAAUAAUAAUUAUUUUAAUUUUUCAAACAUUGAUCAAACGACUAGCAGUCAAACAAAUUUAACAUCCAGCCUAUCUACAGCCGCCACUACGACAACAUCAUUGUCAUUUGUUGAUCAUCAUAAUCAAAAUUCAUCAUUACGUAUUCAUGAUAUACGUAAUAAAGAAUUAUAUUGUUUGGCAAAUUUUCUCCGUAAUGCUAUAAAACCAUGGCUUGAUUAUGGUAAACAAAUUGAUGUACCAUCAAUUGGUCGUUAUGAAUUUCAUGCAUUAAUGAAACGAUCGAUAAUGACCAUUGUGAAAGAAUUUUCACAAUCUGAACAUAUUACAAAAUUUUGUACCGAUAUGCGUAUGCAUAUGUUAUUGGCAACCGGUACAAAUUAUUAUGAAUUUCAACAAUUCACAUCAUCCAAUGAUAAUUUCAAUGAUCCAAAUAAAGAUGGUUCAAAUACCUAUAUGAUAUUGUUACGUCAUGAAUCAUUAUGGAAAACACGUUAUCUUCAUUAUGCAGAAAAUUCAUUCGUACAGAAUUUUAUCAGAUCAAAAAGUUUUACAAAUAAAUUUGAUAUGUAUAAAUUUGAAUUUCCACCUUGUUUUUUCAAUCCAAAUAUUGUUACUACUUCUGCGGCUAGUGGCAUCACUGUAAUGAAUAAAUCGAUAAAUGAUUCAAAUUUAACAUUGAAUAAUUCAAAUAAUGAAUUGAAAACACCAAACAAUGAACCGGAUAUGAUACAAUGUAUAUCACCAAGACAAAAAUUCCUAUUGCUUUAUAUUGAAGAUCAGAAGCUGAUACUUUAUAUGUAUAAUUGGAAUACAAAUAUGAGUAGCAAUAUUAUUGAUUGGUUUUCAAAAAUGUUUCUAUGGCAUAAUGCUCGUAGUUUAUUAUUGCAAAGUUUAAUUCUACAAAAAGCCGGUCUAUUUCAUAAUACACCAUUUAAACGACAUUCAUUAGAUGAUUUAAUACGAAUAUCGAAUAUUCCAAUCAAAGAUCAUUACUAUACUAUGGUCACUAGUGGUGGUGGUGGUGGUGGUGGUGGUGGUGUUGGUGUUAGUAGUGUUCGAAAUAAAAAUAUUAGCUCAUCAUUUUUUCUAAAUCCUGAUCUAUUAUUGAAAUAUGAGAAUCCAAUCAAAGCUUAUAAUGAAAAUAAAGAACAAUUAUUGAGUCGUUUGGAUUUUAUUUUAUUUGAAACAAAAAAUUAUGAUUACAUUUUUUCACCAUUCAUUCAAAAUGAAAAUCAUCAUGAUCUUUAUGAUUGUUUUCGUGGCCAAUUCAAUUCUGAUUAUAAUGUUUAUAUACGUGAUUUGAAAGAAAUGUCCAAAGUAUGGCAAAUACAUGGUACAAAACAUAAUUAUCCAACAAUGGAUAAAAUUAUUCAACAUGUUAAAUCAUAUGGCCGUUUAAGUCAUUAUUGUUUGACACCAUUUUUAUUUAGCCAUAAAUGGCGUUUUAUAAUAUCAUUGAUUCGUGAUCAUACAUUACCAAUACAACAGACACGUACAAGACACAUGUCUGGUGGUAAUAUAUUACGACAAUCAAAUCAUAGUGAACAUGAAUUUAUGAUGACAGCUAAACAACGUAAUCGCCGUAAAAGUGGUCCACCAAAUAUGUUGGAAAAUACAUCAUCAUCAUCACAAUCAUCUUUAUCUAUAUCAACACAAAAUGCUGGUACGCGUUCAACAUCGGAUGAAAGUCUAGAUCUACUUGUAUGUCCACAUUAUAUACAAGAAUAUGUUCAAUAUCUACAAAGUCUUGGAUUUAGUUCGAUUAAAUCACAAAAAGUGGUUAGUUUUCGUAAAAAUUUUGAUUUUGAUCAUCGACAACAACAAGGACAACAAAGACGUUCAACAUAUGAUCAAACAUAUGGUUAUGGAAAUAAAUAUAAAUUAUCUGGUAUUGGAUCAGGUCGAUUAAAAAUUGGUAGUCAUCAUCAUCAUCAUCAUCAUCAUCACCAUCACCAUCAUCAUCAUCAUCAACAGAAUAAAAAUGAAUAUGAAAAAUUUUAUCUGAUCAAAACAGUAAUUGGUGGAUUUUAUCUAUUUGAAAUUGGUUUUGCCGAACCAUUCGUAUAUAGUUAUCUUUAUUCUGUGGAUUCAAAACGUUUUUAUUCAUGGACAAAAAAUAAUUCCAAUUCUAAUAUGAUAAAUUUUUUGGAUGAACUAGAUUCAAUCAAAGUUCGUAUGCAUCUACAUUCAUUUACAUAUGAUUAUCAUUUACGUGCCAUACAUUCAUAUAUUUCUGGCCGUCAAUUAUUUCAACGUGGUUAUCAUUUAAUUUCAUUUUUAGAUGAUUUUAUUCGCUAUUAUCAAAAAGCACCAAAUUAUGCUCGUAAUCAUGUUUAUAUGGAUAAUAUAAUGUUUGAAUCGCAAAAAAUUACAGCUGAUCAAUUAUACAAUUAUAUAAUUAAAAAUAAUCAUAAAUAUGGUAUCAAUGUAUUUCCAAUGAAUACAGCAUUUGCAUUCGAUCAAUCAACUGGUAUGAAUGAAGAAUAUGUAUUGAUCAAUCUUUCUACACAUCGUAUACCGUAUUUGGAUGAAAAUAAUAUACAACAGGAAGAUAAUUUUGAUGUUGCAUUAUUGGUUGCAUAUCAAAAAGUGAAUAAUGCUCGAAUAUUGAAACCACGACAAUUGUGUUUGAAAUUCUAUCUUUUACUCACAUCACAACGUGAAUUGUUUCCAAAACUUUAUUCCAUACGACAUAAGGGUCAAUUUAAAACGAUACGUAUGCUACCUAUAAAUGGUGAUCGUACUGCUACUACUACAUUCGAUGAUCAACAACCACAACAACAACUGCCGCAACAGCAGCAAUCACAAAACGGCAAAUCUUUAUUGAUACGUAAUCCUAUUGAUGAAAUUAUUCAUAAUUCAAUCGAUAGAUCAAUUUAUACUGGAAUUUGUGAUGAAAAAAUCAAUUAUUUGGGCUAUUUCAAUGCACAUGAACUUGUCAUGUUACAUAUACUUGAACAAAAAGUACAAGAAACAAAAAAAUAUCUUGAAGAAACAAUUCAAUCAGCUGAAAUUGAUUGCCGUCGUGAUUAUCUUUGGGAAAAUUUAAUUGGUUCAUCAAUGGUAAAUGAAAGACAAAUGACAAUGGAUGAUUUUGAUGAACUAUUAUCAUUGGUUAAAUCCAUACGUAUGGAUGAAUAUGAUCCUGCAUUAAUACAAUUCAAUUCAUUCACUAGUCAUUGGUAUCGAGCAUUGGCAUUGAAAUUGGAAUCAAAAUUCGAUUGUGGAUGUCGAAAAUUUCAACGAAAUAUGUCCAUUAAAAUGGCCAUUUUAAAACCAAAUUGUAAAGAUUGUUUCAUACUAUAUCAUCUGAAGAAUGUAACACCAUUUAUUGUUGAAUUUCGCAUUGUUUUCAAUCAACCACCAACAACAAUCAUUGAUCAUGACUUUUUUCGUCGUUUGGAUCAUCAAUAUCAUGAAUUGAUUCAAGAUUUUGUCAAUACAUGUGCUGCUCAUAUGUGGAGCAUGUUAUUAAGUUGAAUUUUUUUUUUUAUUAUUUUUCCUAAUACGAUUAUUUUUUUUAUUGUACAUUUUAUUUUUUUUUAAAUAAAAGUUUAAAUUUUUUCUUUGUAGUCUUUGUGGUUACACACGCAAAAAUUUCAA